UCAUCAAAAGAAGUUGCACGAGGCAUCACCAUUAUGAAGGGAAUCGUUCGAGAAAGAGACAAAGGAUUAAUAUAUAAUUUGGAAUGGAAUUCUGAUAAUCAAGCAAUUGGUUCUAAUUCUGCAAAGUUGACAAGCUACAUUGGUACACUUGUUCGUUUGCAUAUUCCAAUCUCCGUACCUAAAUGGAAUCUGAAAAGCAAAGCGUUGGACGAGAAAAAAGAUAUGAUUUGGGACGAGCUUAAGAGGUCUUUUAACAUACCAGAUGAGCGUAAACACUACAUACUUAGUUUGGCCGGAAAAAGAUAUACAGGGUGGAAAGCAUUUUUAACAAACACCUAUCUUAAGGAUAAAGAUGGAAACUUUCUUGAAGAGGCACCGGGACGGCCAAAAAAAUAUGAGCUCUUCAUUAAAGAUGAAGAUUGGGCUGGCAUCUAG